UCUUCAUAUUUCAAUCUUCGGCGCAAAAUUUAAUUUACCUGCAACCGCCAUUUGUAAAACUUCAUAUAAUUUUGAUCCAGAAAGAAAAAUUACAUUUAAAUAAAAGUGAAUUUGAAAAUUAGUUAAAAUAUCUAAAACUUAAUCUUUCGCAAUAUGUCUCAAUUUAAUUAUUUGAAUGAAAUAACCAGUGCACUAACGCUGGAUGGCGAAAUUACAAGGGGACCAGCACCCCGCUGGCAAAAAAAAUUGGAAGCUUCUGCAAUGGCUAACAGUCUUAACGGCAGUAUAAAUGCAUCUCGUUCUGUACUGUCAAUGUCAUAUAAUACCAGUUUUUCUGGUGUAAAUCCACCCGCACGAACACCAAGGAAAGUUAGUGGAGACAAGAAAUGCCAGAAAACACCUACACCCAGUAAAGGGACCAAGACGCCAAGUGGUGGUGAUCGUUUUAUUCCUAACCGUGGUACUAGCAACUUCGAACUUGGCCAUUAUUUGAUUAAACAAGAGCAGGACAAAUCGGAAAACGAUGAUAAUGACAAUAGCAAUAAUGCUAACAAAAAGACACCUUCAAAGGUUGAGCGCCAAAAGCUCAUAUCAGACUCAUUGCAAGUUGGUGAUACGAAAAGCACGCGGAUUUUAUGCUAUCAAAAUAAAGCACCCGCGGCACCAGAAUCUCAUCAAAAUCCGUUGAAAGUGGUUUAUUCAAUAAACACACCUUUAUCGACGAAGAGUGGUUCUCGUUUUAUACCAACCACAUCGGAUCGCAUACUAGAUGCACCUGACAUAAUAAACGACUAUUAUUUAAAUUUAAUGGAUUGGAGUGCUGACAAUAUUGUGACAGUAGCGCUAGGUAAUGCAGUUUAUUUGUGGAACGCAGCAACCGGUAAUAUAGAACAAUUAGUGGAGUACGAGGAAGGAGAUCAUGCGUGUGCCCUUUCUUGGAUACAAGACGGCCAAAUAUUAGCAAUUGGUAAUAACACUGGCGUAGUAGAAUUAUGGGACUGUACAAAACAGAAACGUCUUCGUGUGAUGGAUGGGCACUCGGCCCGUGUGGGUACUUUGGCAUGGAAUUCAUUCCUAGUAUCAUCAGGCAGUCGGGAUGGGUCCAUCAUACACCAUGACGUACGCGCGCGCGAACAUAAAGUAGCUAACCUCAAUGGGCACACACAGGAAGUGUGUGGUCUGAAAUGGUCUACUGAUUUUAAGCAUCUUGCUAGCGGUGGCAAUGACAAUUUGGUUAAUGUAUGGGCGGCGGUAAGUGGCGGCACAGGUAGUGGUACCGAACCUUUGCACGUGCUCAACGAACAUCAAGCCGCGGUAAGGGCAUUAGCGUGGUGCCCCUGGCAGCCAAACCUCUUGGCUAGUGGUGGUGGUACCGCGGAUCGUUGUAUUAAGUUCUGGAAUGUAAAUAAUGGUUCUUUAGUUAAUUCGGUCGAUACUAAAUCACAGGUAUGUGCACUUUUGUGGUCUAGUAAUUAUAAGGAGUUGAUUUCUGCACACGGAUUCGCACACAAUCAGCUCACGAUUUGGAAGUAUCCAUCAAUGAUAAAACAGGCGGAAUUAACGGGACACACUUCGCGAGUUCUGCAAAUGGCAAUGUCUCCCGAUGGAAGUACAGUUAUAAGCGCAGGCGCAGAUGAAACAUUGCGUUUAUGGAAUUGUUUUGCACCAGAUCCACAUACCGCGAAAAAAGCUAGCAAGGGGGCGAACAAAGCUAAGCAGAGCGUUUUCCGUCAAAGUAUACGUUAAGCAGAGAAGUCAAAAUCUCGGUGACAAAAAAAUAGUGGCAGUAUUUUAAAUCCAUAGUUCUGAUUUUCAAUUAAGACAUUUUAUACUUUUGACAAGGUGUUAAAAUUUAGACGAAAUAAUCCUAAGUAGUUCGAAAUAUAUUGGUAGUGAUGAGUAGUUAUAUUUUAACAAAAAAGCUUAUGCACAACACCUUGUAUUUUAAUGUGAAAAACCGCAUUUUCAUUAUGUAUUUUUUAGCGUCUUUCAUAAUCAUUUCAAUAAAAUUUUGUUUAUUUUUGUAAAUUAAAGUUGUAAGGAGGUUAUUUGUGCACUUGACUUAUAUUAUUCAUAGAUGAUAUCUUCAAAUGUUACGAUUUGUAUUUUUAGAUUAAUUCAUAUUUGUAAUGCAUGUGUUUAAAUAAACAUAAAUAAGGAACAUAUUAAA